UCCUGUCCCAAAUCCGAACGCCUUGAAUUUGCGUGCCAUCUCAUCCGCGUCCUUGGACGCGUAUUUACUGCCGAAGCCUUUGGCAUGAAGUUCCUAUGCUAGGAACCAAGGUGGGGCCCACCGUGAUGUUUGUGAGAAAUCUACCCAUUAAUCCGUUUUCUAAACGUGGAUGGCUUGGAUAUUGCACGUGUCAAUUCUCCUCUUUCUACACGUGCAUUGCACGUGCCGGCUUUUAUUAUAUAUACACGUCGUGAGAUUGAAACGGUGUUCAUUCACCAAUCUAUUCUCGCAGGUGCCGAAAAUGAUCAUUAACGUAAGGGAGUCGACUAUCGUGCGCCCAGCGCAGGAUACUCCAAAGCGCACCCUGUGGAAUUCUAACGUGGACCUGGUGGUGUCGAGACUGCAUACGCCGAGUGUGUAUUUCUACCGUCCGAAUGGAUCGUCCAAUUUCUUUGAUACGCACGUGCUCAAGGAGGCCCUCAGCAAGGCCCUCGUCCCAUUCUAUCCAAUGGCUGGGAGGCUCGGCAGAGACGUGGACGGUCGGAUCCAGAUAGAUUGCAACGGUGAAGGCGUCCUGUUCGUCGAGGCGGACACGGGCGCUGUGAUCGACGACUUUGGGGAUUUCACACCCACCACGGAGUUCAAGAAGCUCAUCCCCACCGUUGAAUACUCUGGGGACAUCUCAUCGUACCCCCUCUGCGUGCUACAGGUAACAUAUUUCAAAUGUGGGGCCAUGGCACUUGGCGUAGGCGUGGAGCACCACGUGGCUGACGGCAGCUCGGGCCUACAUUUCAUCAACCAUUGGUCCGAUGUGGCCCGCGGGCUCAAUCUCACCAUCCCUCCCUUCAUCGACCGGACCCUCUUGCGGGCCCGGGACCCACCAACAGCAUCCUUCCACCACGUCGAAUAUAAGCCAUCCCCUCCCUUGAAGGCCCAACCCCCGUCCCAAAAAUGCGGCCCAACGGUCACAGCCUUCAAAUUCUCGCGUGACCAGCUCAACCACAUCAAGGCCAAAUGCAGAAAUGGGCCACAAGCCAACCUCAACUGCAGCUCAUACGAGUCAUUGGCGGCCCACGUAUGGCGAUGUGCGUCGAAGGCCCGCAACCUCCCCAACAAUCAACAGACUGAAUUGUACAUUGCCGUCGAUGGCCGGGCACGCCUCCACCCACCACUCCCGCCGGGCUACUUUGGGAACGCCAUUUUCAUGAUUACACCGGUUUCGACGGCCGGAGACAUCGUAUCGGGCCCAGUAGCAUAUUCAGCCCAGAAAAUUCAUGAUACGUUGGCACGUGCUAAUGAUGAGUACCUAAGGUCUGCAUUGGACUACUUGGAAUUACAACCGGAUCUGAACACGUUGGUACGUGGGCCCCACACUUUCGGGUGCCCUAAUCUUGGGAUCAUAAGCUGGGCCAGGCUACCGAUAUACAGUGCGGAUUUUGGGUGGGGCCGGCCCAUAUUCAUGGGCCCCGGUGGAAUUCCAUCUGAGGGGCUUGCUUACGUCCUGCCAAGUCCAACCAACGAUGGGAGUUUGACAGUGGCCAUUUUGCUGCAGGUGGACCACAUGGCCCACUUCCGGGAGCUGAUCUACGAGUUUUGAUUGGGACCCGGUACG